UCGAGUUUUGUUGUUCUUCUCUCGAGGUCUUCGGUCUUCCACUGCGAGAUUGGGAUCUUGUGCGUGCGUGAGGCGGAGAGCGACGAUGAUCGAGGUUGUGCUGAACGAUCGUCUUGGCAAGAAGGUGCGGGUGAAGUGCAACGAGGAUGACACCAUCGGCGAUCUGAAGAAGCUGGUGGCCGCUCAAACGGGAACGAGGGCCGACAAGAUCCGCAUCCAGAAGUGGUACAACAUCUACAAGGACCAUAUCACUCUCAAGGACUACGAGAUUCACGACGGCAUGGGCCUCGAGCUCUACUACAAUUGAUCCAUCAUCUCAAUCUAGGUUGGCUUAGGCAUGUGAAGAGCAAAAGUUGAUAUAAAUGGAUAGCUAAGUCAUCAGUGCUAGAUGCAAUAAACAAAAUUGGGGAACGUUACUGCUUUAUAUUUUCGUGGUUUUUAAAACAGCUUAUGUUUUCACUAUGUAUAAUGAAAAUGAAAACAAUGGCAUGCCUGUUAAAACAGGGAUUUGAUCUUGAUCUUGCAGCAUAAAACCAGUGCUGCUCUUUUUUCAGUUU